AUGAAAAGCCCCGAUGCUGAAAUGUGGGCUACCAUUGUAAAAAUAGCGAGGACGGAUGCGGCUAUGCUAGAAACUGCAACUUGUGUCGAUCAAAUCGAAUCGUUGCUGGAAGUUCGUUGUGGCGGAUCGCUGAUCGCCCAUGUUCCAACAGAAGUCUCGUUGGUGGGUCGCUCCAUUGUUACGGAGCAGCCGCUUAGCGUCGAUUUAUCUCUGUACAUCCGUAUACCUACUAUCCCUACCGAAGGUGAAAAUAUGGCUUCUGCAAAUGGAACUGCUAAUCACAAUAAAGAGAAGAAAAUGCUGCUGGAUCAGAAUAAUUAUCUCGAAGAGAGGAAUAGACAACUUCAGUGUAACGUGGAUAAUUUGAAGAGGAAGCUAAGUGCAUUGGAAAAUGGCCACGAUAAGAACGCGGUUGUUAUGGAUCGA